UUUCUAAAACUAGACGAUAUAUAUACUGUUUCAGAAAGCUCUGUAAUUUUGCAUCUCCUCUUUGGAGUGCAAUUUACCGAGUCUUUCAUAUCUUUUCUUUUUCUUUUUUCAUUCUUUUUAGUAUCUUUUGAUAGCAGUUCUCAGGUUUGUUUGCUGCUGCUGGUUUCUUCAUCAAUCAAUCUCGCUAGCUGGUGAGAGUUUAACUCUAUGAGGCGGUUAGCCGUUUUUGCCGGCCAGUAGACUCCAAUAAGCUGACAGUAUUUGAACGUGACGUCGCCAGGUAAAAUUAAGUGAAGAAGAUGACGAUUACACCUCAGAUUUCCAUCAACAAUUCUAACCUUGUGGUCCACGGGAAGACCAUAUUGAAAAAUGUCCCUGAGAACAUUAUCCUCACUCCAGGAUCAGGAGUUGGGCUUGCUACUGGUGCAUUUAUUGGUGCCACGGCGUCACAUAGCAAAAGCUUCCAUGUCUUCCCUAUGGGUGCUCUUGAGGGAUUAAGAUUCAUGUGCUGCUUCCGAUUUAAGUUAUGGUGGAUGACUCAAAGAAUGGGAAUGCAUGGGAAAGAAGUUCCCUUGGAGACCCAAUUCAUGCUUGUAGAGAGCCAAAAAGACACUGUCGAACAAGUAGAAAAUUCUCCUACAAUCUACACUGUUUUCCUCCCCUUGCUAGAUGGACAGUUUCGAGCUGUUCUCCAAGGCAACCAAAGCAAUGAAAUUGAGAUCUGUCUAGAGAGCGGAGAUAAUGCUGUUCAAGUUAACGAACGUCUUUACAUGGUCUAUAUGCACGCUGGGACGAAUCCAUUUGAAGUCAUCAACCAGGCUGUGAAGGCUGUUGAGAAGCAUAUGCAGAGUUUCCGACAUAGAGAGAAGAAAAAGAUGCCAUCCUUCCUUGACUGGUUUGGAUGGUGUACAUGGGAUGCUUUCUACACUGAUGUUACAGCAGAGGGCGUUGAAGAUGGUUUAAAUGGCUUGUCCAAAGGGGGGACCCCACCGCGUUUCUUAAUUAUUGAUGAUGGAUGGCAACAAAUUGGUAGUGAAAUAAAAGAGUCAAAGGACUGCGUCGUUCAAGAAGGAGCACAAUUCGCUAGUAGACUGACAGGAAUCAAAGAGAACACCAAGUUCCAAAAGAGUGGCAAGGAUAAAGACCAAGCCCCAGGCCUACAGCACGUUGUGACUGAAGCCAAAGAACAUCACAAUGUCAAGUUUGUGUAUGUGUGGCAUGCUCUGGCUGGUUAUUGGGGUGGGGUAAAACCAGCAGCUGCUGGUAUGGAGCACUACGACACAGCAUUGGCAUAUCCAGUUCAGUCGCCUGGUGUACUGGGCAACCAGCCUGACAUUGUUAUGGACAGCCUUGGCGUACAUGGUCUUGGUCUUGUACACCCAAAGAAGGUUUUCAAUUUUUACAAUGAACUCCAUGGAUACCUCGCUUCUUGUGGAGUUGAUGGAGUCAAGGUUGAUGUUCAAAACAUCAUUGAAACUCUUGGAGCGGGGCAUGGUGGAAGAGUCAGCAUCACUCGGAGCUACCACCAGGCACUUGAAGCCUCCAUCUCGCGCAACUUUGCUGACAAUGGUUGCAUCGCCUGUAUGUGCCAUAACACUGACGGAUUAUAUAGUGCUAAAACGACUGCGGUGGUGAGAGCAUCAGAUGAUUUUUACCCAAACGACCCAGCGUCACACACCAUUCACAUCUCUUCAGUCGCUUACAACACUCUGUUCCUUGGUGAAAUUAUGCAGCCUGACUGGGAUAUGUUCCAUAGUCUACACCCAGCUGCCGAGUAUCAUGGCGCAGCUCGAGCUGUUGGUGGAUGUGCAAUCUAUGUCAGUGACAAGCCAGGCCACCACAAUUUCAACCUCUUGAAGAAGUUGGUUCUUCCAGAUGGAUCAGUUCUACGUGCAAAACUCCCUGGAAGACCUACUCGUGACUGCCUCUUUGUUGAUCCAGCUAGAGAUGGAACCAGCUUGCUUAAAGUAUGGAACGUCAACAAAUUUUCUGGCAUGGUGUGUGUGUUCAACUGCCAAGGCGCUGGAUGGUGCAGGAUAACCAAAAAGACACGUAUCCAUGACGUAUCACCUGGUACUCUCUCUGGAUCCAUCUGUGCAGAUGAUGUUGAUCUCAUUGGUCAGGUUGCCGGGGCCGACUGGAAUGGUGAAACUGUUGUCUAUGCGCAUAAAUCAGGAGAACUUAUACGGCUACCAGUGGGUGCUUCAUUGCCAGUGACUCUUAAAGUUCUGGAUUAUGAGCUUUACCAUUUCUGUCCCCUGAUGGAAAUAGCUAUUGGUGUAUCCUUUGCACCGGUAGGUCUGCUUGACAUGUUCAAUAGCACCGGGGCUCUGGAGCAAUUCAAUAUUCAUAAAGAUCUGGACAAACUACCAGAACUCCCUAUAGGUGUAGUUUCAUCAGAUACUCCAAUUUUACUGGGUGAAAACAAGUCCCUCGCAGCCACAGUAGUCCUCGAAGUCCGGGGGUGUGGCCUAUUUGGGGCCUACUCAUCUCAGCCGCCGCUUACAUGUACGGUGGAUUCAGAGGAGACCAGCUUUAACUACAACUCCGAAAUUGGGCUAUUAACUUUGACAAUCCCAGUUACACAGGUGGAGAUGUACAGGUGGCUUGUAGAAAUCCAAUUCUAGGCCAAAACCAUAUAUGAAACUAAAGCAUGUCUGGUGUUCUUUUGAUCAUGCGAGACCCUGUUGCUAAUUUACUUUGUUGGGAUUGUGAAAUUCCAGCUUAUAAGUGUUGUGCUAGCUACUCAGCAAAGAGAUGUUACUUCUGAGGGAAGGAGUACUUUUAAAGAGAUGAUUUCAUCAGUGUGCUCUUUGGAUUCUGCAACAGGACCUGUUCUAGGUAUUCUCAAUAAUUAAGUUUUCUAUUUCUAGG